GUGUCACUAUUAAAUUUAAUCAACUCAGUUGUAUGUGUCAAUAAACCAAAUUAAAGAUUAGAAAAUGGAUAAAUUCUUCGUCAGUAAAACAACAAAAAUUAUCCAAAUUAUUCUCGGAACAAGGUGCUUUUCAUCUAAAAGUGGCCAAGAUUAUUUUAUGAGGAAAAAAAUAGCCGAAGCUAUGAACCACAAUGUAAACUCAACACGUUACAGAGUUUGCGAUAGAGAUACUGUGCCAGUACAUAAAACUUUGCCCAAACCCCGAUACGAUGUAGGAGACACAAAAACUCUGCAACCAGCUAAUGUUCCAGGGUUUUUUCCUGGUAUCAAAAAUAAAUAGAAAUAACAAGAAAAAUACAACUAUUUAAUGAAAUUUAAACUAUGUUUUUGUAAUUUUAAUUUGGUCAUGUUAAAUAAAAAUAUUUAUCAGCGCUGCAAGUAACCAGUCCAUCAUGGACGUGAACAGUUUGUGUCGGAGGAACAAAAAGGGGAAGAUGUACAAUAUCUGCAAUAACAAACCGACCUUGCGCAAGCAAAUCGAAAUGGGUCUGAUGCUGGGACAAUUGGAGUGUCAGCACCAGUUCAGAUAUCGGAAAUGGAACUGCACUGCGUCAAGGAAGGGGUUCAAAAAAGUCAUGCUUAGAGAUACUAGGGAGACAGGUUUCGUCAACGCUAUUCUAGCUGCUGGUAUCGCCUAUCAAGUGACCAGAGCCUGUUCAACAGGAGAACUUUUGGGAUGUUGGUGCAACAAGAAGUUAAAAAACGUAAAAAUCAAGAAGAAAGUAAAAAAUCCGCAGCUACCCGAGGGGAACUUUCAAUGGGAAGGAUGCAAGGGGGAGAAUGUGGAAUAUGGCAUCAAAAAAUCGAAAGAUUUUUUGGACUUUCCAGUAAAGAAUAAACAGAGGGGUGAUAUGAAAACUUUGGUGAAGCUGCACAAUUAUAUUGCAGGACGAUUGGCCAUAAAAAGCAUGAUGCGCACAGAAUGCAAGUGCCACGGAUUGUCUGGGUCUUGCAACCUUAAAACUUGCUGGCAAAAGAUGCCUCCGUUCAGGGAAAUCGGAAACAAACUCAAAGAACGCUUCGAUGGGGCAGCCAAAGUAAUCGCGGGAAACGACGGUAAAAGCUUCAUGCCCGAAGGGUCGACCAUCAAGAACCCUUCCAAGCAAGAUCUGGUGUACUCUGAGGAAACCCCGGACUACUGCGACAGCAACACCACGAUUGGUUCCGUUGGUACGCGUGGCAGGAUCUGCAACGACACCUCCAUGGGCGAGGAGGGAUGCGGCAUCCUUUGCUGCAACCGCGGCUAUCGAUGGGAGAACAUAACCAAAGAGGAGAGCUGCAAUUGCGAGUUCAUUUGGUGCUGUGAGGUUAAGUGCGGAAAGUGUCUGAACACUAACAGGGUUAGUACUUGUUUGUGAUUUAACUGUAUUAAUUUGAUAGAGAGACAUUGUAAAAUAAUGUUUGUAUAUAGCUGUUGCGAUAUUUUUGGAGGCGUACUUGAAGGAGAUUGUAUCUUUACUAAUAAUAAAAUUUGUAUAUAUUA